AUGAAUAACAAUGUGCUGGCCGAAUCUCCUCUGCUCCGCAAGCGCAUGUCCGGCUCGCCGCAAACGCCCCCGACCGAUGACCUCAGAACUCGCCGCCUAGAAAUGCAGAUGGACAGCGCCGCUGCGGGCUCGCAAGAGUCGAUGCAUUCGCAACGCGAUGGCUCGGCCGCGCAGUCUCCGGCAGGGCGCCGUUUCAUUCGAGAAAUAAACACCGACAGAUCUCAAUCAAGCAGCCCGUUUCGCCUUCAGAUGCCAUACAUAACACCCGGGCAACUCGCUUUCUCUGCCCUUCAGUUCCUUCCGGUGCCAAUCCUGGUUCUCAACAACUUCAAGACAGUAGUCUUGGCCAACGAAGCCAUGGGCAGGUUGCUGGGCAUGUUUUCCGAUUCCAACGAUGGCGAAGACCUGGCGCAUGGUGUGGGAAGCCUCACUGGACAAUCACUCUCGCAAGUGGGAAUAGAUAUGCUACAAAACGGACGGCCUGUAUUCAUUGCUUGGGAAACCUUCCUUGACUCAAUCGCAGAGGAAAUGGGACCCGGUCAGGGACAGUCAGCGAACGCACAACGGCAAACCGGCCAAGCGAGCCACCCAGAGGGCGAUUUGACACCCAUCGCGGAGCCAGCUGGAGCAGCUGGAGACAACAAGAUCCCGAGUUACAGCCCGCAAGCGGCUGUAGAAGUCGUCGUGUCUCGGCGAGACUCUAACAGAGCCAUCGCUGAACCCCGAGUCUCUAGCAGGGCUCCGGAGAAUCAAGCGUUUGCAAAGAUGAUUAUCAGCGUCUGGGAGAUCUCAGAACAACAGACAUACUUUACCCUGACCUUCACCAAUACCGAAUCAACAUCGUCCGUGAGCUCCAAGAAAAAGGCAGUAGCUCGGGCCUCCGCUCUCGAGUCUGCUGAGCGCAAGACCAUCUUCACCGCAUCGAACCCACCGUCGGUCGCAUCUAGCCACGGUUCGUCAUCAUCGCCCUCUUACCGCAUCAGCCCAGGCAGUGUCUCCCUCUCGUCCAGCCCGUUUCCACCCAUGGGUCCACCGUACCGAGAAAAGUCGCUUCAAAGUGCCCCUUCGAUGCUUCAAAAGACCAUGAUCCUGAAAGAUGCGCUUCUUGACAACACGGAAAUGCCCAUUCUAGCUAUGUGGAAGGAUGGCACGGUAGCCUUCCCCAACGCAGCUGCUAGGAGACUCAUGGAGAAGGACGCUACUCUCGACAAGCCCAUUGAUGGUCUCGAGGUGUUGAGCAAUUGGACUUUAUAUACCGACGACUUUAGCAGAACACUCGAGCCAAGCGAGUUUCCAAUGGGGGUCCUAUUAAGGACCCAGACACCCUUCUCAGACAUGCGAAUCGGGGUCAUUGACAGAGAUGGUAAAAAGAUCAGGUACAACGUUUUGGCAGAGGCCAUCUGCGACGACGAGACCGGAGAAUUUUUGGCGGGCGUAAUAUCUUGCCGUGACGUUACGGAAAUGGCCAAGGAGAUCGACCAGAUCAAGGCGAGGGAUGCGGAAAGAUUUAAGCUCAUCUGCGACACUAUGCCGCAAUUGGUGUGGACCACGACUCCAGACGGUAUGCACGACUUUUUCAACGGUCGAUGGUAUGACUACACGGGACUGUCACCGGACGACUCUCUCGGACUGGGGUGGAAGAAUCCUUUCCACCCAGACGACAUGGCUGAAACUACAAAACGAUGGACGCAUUCACUCAAGACAGGAGAUCCAUAUGUCACGGAGUACCGCUGUCUAAGUAAGGAAGGCGAAUGGCGGUGGCACUUAGGCAGGGCGCUGCCUCUUAGGAAUCUCGAGACUGGAAAAAUCGAGAAAUGGUUUGGAACUUGUACCGACGUCCAUGAGAGCAUAGAAACUAAGCUCGCCGCAAGAAGGAUGAGACAACAACUUCUCAGUGUCAUUACGCAUGCCAACAUCACUAUCUUCACCGUCGACCUCGAUCGCAAAAUAACCAUGUUGGAAGGCGCUCUUAUCUGGGAUGCCGAUACGUCGGGACAGGACGAUAAACAAUGGUACAUCGGUGGCAACGUCGAUGAAGUGUUCAACAGCCUGAAUCCACAACUCCCCGAAGGAGAGCGCCCCGAUUUUCUGUCAGCUAUAGACUCGAUCUUCUCCCGACGGUCUGGAGAUGUAGUGGUUGAGCAUGCGAUCGACGGGCGUUUCUAUCGGACUCGUAUCCUGCCCAUGACUAGUAAGAAGGCUAAGGGCGAGGCAGGAGACAGCGAAAUUGAAGGUGCCAUCGGAGUCAUCAUGGACGUAACAGAGCUUAAAGCCAAAGAGGCAAUAUUGCAGGCUCAAGCGCAGGAAAAGCAGCAGUUGCUGGCGCGUGAGGCUGCUGCAAAAGAAGCCAGCAGACUGAAAAGUCAAUUCCUCGCAAACAUGUCCCACGAGAUUCGAACUCCCAUCACUGGAGUGAUCGGUAUGGCCGAGCUGCUCCUGGAUGUCGAGCUCAAUGCGGAGCAGCGAGAUUACGCUGAAAACAUUUACCGGUCUGCUAAUGCACUGUUGACUGUCAUCAACGAUAUAUUGGACUUCUCCAAGGUAGAGUCUGGGCGUCUGGAUAUCGAGGAAGUACAGUUCAGCAUGUCAGUAAUAGUGCGAGACGUGGCCAAAAUGUUGAGCUUCGCUGCUCAAAAAAGAAGCCUGGAGUUCAUUUCAGACAUCUCGCCGGAAGUGGCCGACGAUCUUGUCGUCCUUGGUGAUCCAGGGCGUGUGAGACAAAUCAUCACGAAUCUCCUGACCAACAGCAUCAAGUUUACACACCAGGGAUUUGUCAAGCUGUCUGUUGCGAAAGAGAGGGAGACGGACGACAUCAUAGAAAUUCGGUUCAUGGUUCAAGAUACUGGCAUCGGCAUUGACGAAGGAACUCGCAAGCGGCUGUUCCAGCCAUUCAGCCAAGGCGAUGCAUCCACCGCAAGGAAGUUCGGUGGGACCGGGCUGGGCUUGACAAUCUGCAAGAGUCUCCUCGAACUCAUGCAUGGAAGAAUGCAGCUCGACUCGGUCAUCAACCAGGGUACGACGGCAUACUUCUGGGUGCCUUUCAACAAGCCACAAGAGACGCAACCAUCGAAUGUAGUCAAGGUCUCCACCCUGCCGGACAGAUUGCAGUCAGAAAUGAGCGUCUCGUGCAACAGCUCAGAGUUCGAUCAAAUGGGAACGCCACCUCCGACUGACUUCCCAGCGGAUUUAGGGAUAUCGCCUAGGCGCAAGGGAUCGCUCAGGCCGUCCUCCUCUCAAGAGGACCUCCCGGCUUCUGAGCGCUCCAAAAUCCACGUGCUUGUGGUCGAGGAUAACCCGAUCAACCAGCAGAUUGCCAUCAAGACGAUCAAAAAGCUGGGUUUCAACGUCUCAGCCGCCUGGAACGGCAAAGAGGCCUUGGAGUAUCUGGCUACUGCUCAGAACGGCCAGGGCCUAAAGCCUGAUAUUAUUCUUAUGGAUGUACAGAUGCCAGUCAUCGAUGGCUACAAAGCCACUCACCUUCUUCGCCACCACUCCCCUUAUAACGCCUUCGUUCGCGACGUGCCUAUUGUAGCCAUGACGGCCUCAGCGAUCCAAGGUGACCAAGAAAAGUGCAGGAAAGCAGGGAUGGACGACUAUCUAGCCAAGCCGGUGAAGGCAAAGAUGCUCGAACGGAUGCUGGUGCGUUGGUCCUUGAAUAAGCGGAGCGGUUCGACGCCGGCGCUGUCUUCGGAUGUCUCGGUCUGCUCGGAAGGCAGCGACCGCUGCACGAAUGCGGGAAUUCCCUCCCUUAGUGUGCAAGGCCUUGACGGACAAGGACGCUUAACCUUGCCGACGCAGGAGGAGCUGGAUGCGGACGGCAUGCGCGCCGACCUCCCCACGCCGCGGCCAAAAGCAUCACCACCUCCGAUGAUUCACACGCCGUCGCCGACAGAACCGCCGUCGCCCGGAAAGCCGCAGCUGCAGAUCAGGCGGGUCGAGACGGACGAGCUGGCGCAGCAGAGCAGAGACGACAAGCUCUUCGAUGCCGCCGGAGGUGCGGUCACGCCGCACGGGCACACGCCGCUGAUUGAAAAAGGAGACUCGCUGACGCAGGCGAACGUGGAGAAGUUCCAGAGGGAGGAGUUGAGGCGGAGGAUAUCCUCGGAUAAGGUGUGA